AGGUCUACUACGGCUUCGAGUCGAUCUUCCUCCGUGUCUACCGAGGCGAUGACAAGGGACUAUUGGAACAGGAUGAUCCCGAUCCUGACCAAUCCGCUGCGGAUAUGUCUUGCGACGAGACUGACCUUUCGCUGAGUCAAUCAACUUCUAAGUUGGUUAAGGAGGGGGAAGAGUCAGUUGACGAGGACGAUCUCCUUGCCUCUGACAAGGAGGACGCCAACGUCACAGUGUUGCGUAAAGACAAAAAAGGAGAUGGUGAGAGUAACCCAAAUUAAUCUCCACCACUCCAAAGCAGCCUCGGCUGCACUGCUCCUCCGAAUGGGUGUAAGUGGGGAGGAGCUCGCCCUAGUCCAGGAACCCUGGAUUCACCAAGAAAGGGUGAGUGGAAUAGGCAUGAAAAGCUUUAAGCUAUUGUACGCAAAAGGAUCUGGUAAGAUUCGAUCCUGUAUAGUAGCCAAAAGCAGUCUCAACAUCUUCAUUCUUUCUGAUUUCAGUGAUGAAGACACCGUAGCAGCCAUAUGGGAGACCAGUGUAGGUGCUAUAUUGGUUAUCUCGGCGUACAUGGCUCACGACCACAGCGACCAGCCACCGAACAACCUGGUCUGCAGAUCCAUAGAGAUGGCAAACUCGAAAAGCAUGCCGAUCAUCAUGGGGGCUGAUGCCAAUGCCCAUCACACUGUCUGGGGAAGCUCGGACAUAAACGCUAGAGGUAUCACAAAGGGAUCAAAAUUCUGGACCCAAGUGUGUCCCCAGUGAUGACAUCGCGAGGACG